UACCAGCACUGAAAGCUCGAGUUGUUGAUUUUUUUUCCAAACAAAGUGUAAGCCGGGAAAACGGUAACAAUUUGGUUCAAGAUGGCCAGCUUCAUGCUCUCGCUCGCCAUCAGUAUUUUCUGCGUAGCCUGGGUCUUGGGAGAACAGUUGCCCAAUAUACUGCUAAUCAUAACAGAUGAUCAAGAUGUGGAGCUACACGGAAUGUACCCGAUGUAUGAAACCAGCAAGCUCUUGGGACGAGCCGGAGCACAGUUGCAUAAUGCCUUCACGCCCACGCCUAUUUGCUGUCCAGCCAGAGCAAGUCUUCUUACUGGACAAUAUGCGCACAAUCACAGAACCUUCAAUAACUCUGUCAGUGGCGGGUGCAACGGUCCGGACUGGCUGGAUCGAUCUGAGCGCAGGGCUUUGCCGGUUAUUCUUCAGAACCGCGGCUAUCGCACGUUUUUCGCUGGAAAAUAUCUAAACGAGUAUAGGGGGGCGAAGGUGCCGCCCGGUUGGAACGAGUUUCAUGGACUGCAUGGAAACUCCCGCUACUACAAUUACACGCUGCGCGAGAAUUCCCAGAAUGUCAGCUAUACAUCAGCUUAUCUAACUGACCUGCUGCGCGAUCGAGCGGUUGACUUCCUACGCAAUGCCACCCAAGGCGGCGAGCAGAGACCGUUUUUCGCAAUGGUUGCCCCAGCACCGCAUGCCCCAUACACACCGGCACCACGUCAUCGCGGAGUGUUUGCCAAUACAAAAGCUCUGCGCACCCCCAGCUUCAAUAAUCCAACAGAGGAUAAGCAUUGGUUGGUUGGAUCGUCUGCACGGUUGGCGGAUGAAACUGUAGCCACCAUAGAUCGAUACUUUCAAUUGCGCUGGGAAUCGCUUCUGGCUGUCGACGAGCUGGUGGCCGCCUUGGUGGCGGUGCUAAGUGAGACGAAAUCCCUCGACGAUACCUACAUCAUAUACACCUCGGACAACGGGUAUCAUAUGGGGCAGUUCGCACAGCCGUUUGACAAGCGGCAGCCGUAUGAAACCGACAUUCACGUACCCCUGCUAAUACGGGGUCCAGGCAUAGCAGCCGGAAUCCACCUUCACGCACCCGUCAGCUUGAUAGAUCUCGCACCAACAGUUCUGGAUUUUGCGGGCAUAAGUGUUCCCCCCUACAUGGAUGGUCGUUCAAUUCACGGAGAUCUGUUACAGGCGGGUCGGGCGGACCGGGAUGCUUCGCUACAUCCGCCAUACCGCCACUCGUUGCUAAUAGAGUAUUGGGGCGAGGGCAACGCUAACACCUACAACCCGUCCUGUCCUUGGCGACGCAGUGAUCGUUUAGCGGAAUGCACACCUGAAGCUGCCUGUCAUUGCCAAGAUGCUUGGAACAACACAUUCGCAUGCCUGCGUGACUUUAAGUACAAUGUCGAUCGCCUUUACUGUCAGUUUAGUGAUAACGAGCACUUUUCAGAGGCAUACGACCUGACACAGGAUCCUUAUCAAAUGGUGAACAUUGUCUACGACCUGCUGCCGAUUGAACGUGCUAUCUAUAGGCUGCGGCUUCAGAACCUAACCAAAUGCUCUGGCCACUCGUGCUUAGUAUAGGUAAACAAUCUAAUUGGGAAAAGCCCAGAGCAACUUGUUAUUGUUUGCAACCAAUGAACAUAUUGCAGUGCGAUUCUUUAAUCUUGUUGAUCUGCUCAAUGUCAAGAGGCAUCUUGCUAGAAAAUUACUCAUUACUUGCAGUCGCAAGUAGCUCCUAAGCCAAAUGCAACAACUAAAUACAAUUAUAAUACAUAUG